AUGGCUCCCAACCGCGCCGCCGCCGCCACCGGCUCCUCCUCCAGUACGGAAGAAGACGGGGACACGUCCUCCAGCGAUUCUACUACCUCCCACAACCAAGAGGUGGCAGACGAGGAAAGGGAGGAAAGGGAAUCGUCGUCGUCGUCUUCGGAGGAAUCAGAAUCGGAGGAGGAAUGCGCGGCGGCGCCAUCAAGCAAGAGGAUCGACCCUCCCGUGACCGCGGCGCUCAAAGCGGAGGUCCAGGAGGACGUUGAUUUCCAGCCAAGCAACCGCAUCGACCAGCGGGCGCUGGUGCGGCCUGCGGAGGCAGAGGAAUCCGCGGCCAACAAACUCCCGCCCGCCCGCGGCAGGAAGAGGGCGUCCGGCGAGAUCGGCAGGUCGCUGGUGCCGGCGCCGGCACGGAAAAAGAGCAAGAACACGGCGCAGCACAGCGAGUCGCCAGAGCCCAGGCCGAAGAGAACCAGGCGCGUAUGGGCUCCUGAUGACGAGGUCCUGGUUCUCGAGGCGCUUGCUCAGCACCGCCGCCAGCACGGGUCGCUGCCGGCUCCUGGGGACUCUGACUUCUUCGAAUCCAUCCGCGAGGGCCUCGAGGAGAAGAGCUUCCAGCACUCCGAUAUCAAGGAUAAAGUGCGCAGCCUGCUUCGUCGCUACAGAUCACGCGCGGUGUCUACUUCGGACCAUGAUAAGCGCAUUCGUAACCUCUCUAGAGAUGUCUGGGGCAACCUGCUGCCGGUUGUGGCCGCCACUGGCUCCAUCGAUGGCAGCGAAGAGGAUGACGGCGCCCCCGCCAUCUCUGGGGACGGCCAGUCUGAGAGUGGUGGCAGAAGGUCUGGUACCAAGGGCUUGAAGAAAAUGUGUGAGAUGUAUCCUCUGCUUGCGCAGGAGGUGAAACUGCUCGCGAAAGUGCAGCCUUGCUUCGAAAGCUCAUUCGCCAGACUAGAUGCCAAGAGGGCGCAGGACGUCGAGAAGAAGCUGGAGAGAGUCAAAUAUGCGGAGUUGAAGAUCGAGUCGCGGAUGGUGCUGGAGGUGCAUGCGCCCAAGGCAAAGAUUAGUAAGAAGCUUAUCAGUCUUCUCACGAAGGUUUCCAAGAAUGUAUGAAGGAGGUGGUGAAGUAAUAUUUUGCAAGUCGUGGAUUUCUUCUUUAUUUGGCAUAGCUGAUGGUAAAGGGUAAUUGAGGACAUAUUUGAGCUGGCUGGCUAUUUGACUCAUUAGUGUCGCACAUGCCACUAGUAUGGAUCAUAACGAAAAUAUCAUGCGGCUUCAUGGCAGUUUUUUGGUGAUGGGAUUGAUGGUCUAUGGAAGAUAGAAUGUUAUGCAGCAUUGGUAGUCAAUAUGUUGUUCUGGAAGGUAUACUAGUAUCUAGUCUGCUAUGAUCUUACAUAUCCUUUGGACACUCUUUAUUUUUGGCUGUAAUCAGAUACGGUGUCUGUUAAUAUUGAUGUCGAAAGUAGUCCUACUUAACAACACUGUCAAGUUUCACUUCAAGAGUAGAUGUGGAUCUCUGCUGUUGCCUGUCGGUAAAGGAAGAUAGGAGGAUCCCCAGCUGUUUUAUCAUCGUUGCCUCUGAAUUUUUGUUGGAUGAGUCCCCUAUUGUGUCUCCUUUCCGGAA